UUAUAGGGUCCGUAGUGCACUGUGGUGAGUGCAGCCCACUAAGGGCAACCUGUGCCGCACGCAACAAUAAGAAAGUCAAUACCCGCACGCUCGGCCUAAACCUCAAACCCCAAACCCCCUAAAACCUUAAAACUCUCUCGCUCUCUCAAUCUCUUUUAGAGAACACUCUCUCUCUGCCCUCGAAUCUCGCUCCGCGAAGUGAAACCAAAGCAAAGUAAUCCUUCCAGCUUCGCAUCCCCCGGCAAUUCGUACUCGAUUUUUUGGUACCACAGAGACAAGAUGAAGGAAGAAGACUCGGGCCCACCCAAUAGAGAACUGUACGCACUGCUCAACAUAUCACCGGAGGCCUCCGACGAAGAAAUCCGGAAAGCCUAUCGCCAAUGGGCCCAAGUAUAUCACCCCGACAAAUACCAAGAACUCCAUAUGAAAGACAUCGCUACAGAGAACUUUCAACGUAUAUGUGAAGCAUAUGAAAUUUUAUCAGACGUAAAUAAAAGGCAAAUAUAUGACAUUUAUGGCAUGGAAGGGUUGACUUCUGGUUUGGAGCUUGGUCCAAAGCUGAAUAAAGUAGAAGAGCUAAAGGAAGAACUUGAAAGGUUACGGAAAAUGAAGGAACAAGAAAAGAUCUCAGCACAUUUCCGACCUUCUGGUACAAUACUGGCAAAUAUGUCUUUGCCACACCUUCUAAAAGGUGAUGGCAUCAUGCGAGGAAUGGCUAUGACAAGUGAAGUUCAGUCUCAAAUAUCAAAAAACAAUGCAAUUGCAAUUGGUGGAAAUUUGGCAGUAAAUGGGAAUUCUGGGGGUGGAGCUGCUAGUGCUGUGUUCAGGCGUCAAAUAUCUCCCGCUGCUUCUGUAGAAUUUAUGGCUGCAGCUGGUUUACGGGCACUAGUUGGGGUGCAAACGUCUCGUCAGCUGUCGUCACACUCAACUGCAACAAUGGCCCUUGCUGUUUCUUUGAGAGAUGGUUCCUUGAAUCUUUCCAAUUCCUGGACCCGCCAACUUACUGAAACAGCAAAUGGAAAUAUACAGCUUGCAGUAGGUCCAGAAUCAUCUAUUGCAGUUGGAUGGCAAAAGAAAGAAGAGAAAAUGUCUGCAGCUGGAGAAGUGAAGUUUGGCACAAGUUCAUUUUUGGCAUCAGCUCAUUACACUCAUCGGUUUUCCUCAAAAUCUCAUGGCCGUAUUGUGGGCAAAGUUGGAAGCACCACUCUUGAGCUUGAAGUUGGCGGUGGGAGGAAAAUAUCUAAUUUCAGUACUGUCCGCAUGUUAUAUUCAAUUGGAAUUCAGGGUAUAUUUUGGAAAUUUGAAUUGCAUCGUGGCGGCCAAAAGUUAAUUAUUCCUAUUCUACUCUCUAGGCAUUUCAAUCCUGUGUUUGCAACUGGAGCAUUCGUACUUCCAACAUCACUUUACUUUGUACUCAAGAAAUUCGUUUUUAAACCUUAUUACCUUAAAAGGGAAAAACAGAAGGCUUUAGAGAAUGUAGAAAAAACUUCUGCCAAGGUUCAAGAGGCAAGAGCAGCAGCGGAGAAAGCUCAGAAGUUACUACAGAAUGUGGCCAAUAGGAAAAGAAAUAGGCAAUUAGAAACAAACGGAUUGAUUAUUACUAGAGCAUUGUAUGGAAAUCGUACUGCUUUGAGUAGAAAUGAUGAAUCAAGGGAAACACAACAGGAAUUGACUUCACAAGUCUUGGAUGUUACACUUCCUCUAAAUUUCCUUGUUAGUGAGUCCGGACAACUCAAGCUGCAUGAGGGUGUGAAGAAGUCAGGCAUCAUGGGCUUUUGUGAUCCAUGUCCUGGAGAACCUAAGCAGCUGCAUGUGGAGUACACCUACAGAGGCGGGAGAUAUCAGGUGGUCGUUGAUGAUUAUGAAGAGCUGCUAAUACCCCAGGAAUCACAUGUAAUCUAAUUUUUUUUUUCCUUUUUCUUUUUCAUGGUGAACUAAAAGCACCAUUGGUCUAUACUUGCAAUGGCUCUUUCUAUUUGUAAUUUUUGUCGAAGGCAGUUUUUGUUGCCUUUAGGCACGUCUCAUGGACACGAGAUUUAACUUCGAAGUGAUUCCCACUCUCGAAGCAAGCAAUGCAAGAAUUGGAAUUGGAGUUGGCAUGAGAUUUAACUUCGAAGUGAUUCCCACUUUUGAAGCAAGCAAUGCAAGAAUUGGAAUUGGAGUUUAAAUGUGUACAA